AUGGACGGUGACACAUCAUCAUUGACAAUAGCACGUCUUCCAUUUCAAAUUUUCUCAUCGCAAGAUUCUCCAAAUAGUUUAAAAUCAAACAAUAAAAAGCGUAAAUUAUCAUCACCGUCACCAAGUAGUUGUAAAUCUGACAAAGGACCUAAAAUAGCUCGAAAAGAAAACACACUGGCAAAAUCAAAUAAUUGUGAAGCUGAAAGUAAAACUAGCAGUCACGAUGACACCGCUGAACUGCUUAAUCUUGAUGAUUUAGAAGACACUGACACAGUUAUAAACCCUAAAAAACGCGGUGAAGAUGAUAAAGGUGCGAUGAAGCCCAAUACUUUAUUAAAGUACCUUCAGAAAACAUCAGAAGACUCUUCCAAAGCUGCUGUGGUGCCAGAGAAGCAAGAAAAAAUUAAUUCAGAAGCUGUUAUCGUGCUGAGCAGGUGUGACGAUGUGUUGAAGAGUAAGAGCAGUGAGAACAACUCGGACAAAGAAUUAGAAGCUGAUAAAUUGAGCGAAAAGAUUGAAGAUUCUAGUGUUGAGGCGAUGGACGUUUCAAUUGUUGAUGAUUCUAACAAAGACAAGGAAGAUGAUAAGUCAACAGAUAAUCUUGAUAACAGCGACUCCGAUUCUACGACAUCUUCAUCUGAAGAUGAUGAUGAUAAAAAAUCGGAUGAUGAGAAGAAGUCUAAUGAUGAUACUGAUGAUAAAAAGAAUGAAGAUGAUGAUGAUAAUAAAGGUGAUAAAACGCCAACUAAUAAAUCCGACCAGUUGGCUAAGAAGCGCAGAACUUUGACGCCGAAGCAACUGUUUAGGAAAAUGGAGAGUGAAAAGAAACGUGAGGAGAGGGAAAAGACCAAAGCUGAGAAAAAGAAACUGAGGGCUGAGGCGAAAUUGAAGAGACGAGAGAUGAAAGAAGCUGAAAAAGAGCUUAAGCGGAAGGAAAAAGAACAGAAGGAGUUGAAGAAGCAGAUGGAGAUCGAGCUCAAACAGAAGGAGAAGGAACGCAGGGACAAGGCCAAGGAAGAGGAUAGACGCAAACGGGAAGAAGCUAAAGAAGAAGAAAAGCGGAAGAAAGAGGAAGAAAAACUGGCUGAUGAACGCAAGAAGCAAAAAGCUGCUUCGACAUUUGUUAGUUUUUUCGUUCCGAAAAAACAGGAGGCGAAGGCUGUGGAAGAAACAGAUAUUGGGGCUUGUAAUUUCAAACCUUUUGAAAUAAAAGCUUACAUGAAAGUUGCUCCUAUUUGUCGAAGGACUCUCAGUGAUAAGGAGAAAGAAUUUUUUGAUAAGCUGGGAGAUUAUAAGAUUGUUGAGGGUGAUGAUGAUAAUGCUGAUGUGGUUGAUCUUGGUGUUCCUCUGGAAAAGCACCGAGCCAAGUUACUUUUCUUUAGCGAAAAUCGUCGCCCACCUUACUACGGUACCUGGAGGAAGAAAAGCAAGUCGGUGAACCCUCGCAGACCAUUUGGAAAAGACGAG